AUGUUAUGCGCGCCAACAAUUAUUGCUACUUGCAAACAAACGCGGUUUCAUCUUCUAGAUGACAAUCCUUCUCCCGAGAUAGAUGUGGAGGGACUUUCUAUAACUGUGACAUCAGCAUCUCCGGAUGCAAUUGAUGAUGGCUCCAAGCUGAAAGCCAAGGGAAAGGGAAAGGCAAAGGCAUCUGGCCGGGAACUCAUCUCUGAUGGUCAUCUCCGACUCAAGGGAGGUACUCACUAUGGAUUGAUAGGGCGCAAUGGGACAGGGAAAUCAACCCUUCUGAGGGCGAUGGCCGAGAAGCUCAUCCCUGGUAUCCCUCACCCAACUCGCAUUGCAAUUCUACAACAAACAGACGAUCAAGAUGAAUCGGGGAGCACAUACGGUCUGAAACUUGAGAAGACUGUUUUAGAAUCAGUGCUUAGCAGCGACGAAACCAGAAAUGAAGCUGUUCGCCUAGCAGAUGUCCUAUCUAAAAGCUUCGAAACGGAGGAUACACUGGACCCGGUACGAGCUAUCCGUAAAAUACGACACGAGAAAGCAGGGAAGAAACUGUUCCUUGCGCAGAAGAAUGCCAACUUGAAGAGUGGAGCAAGAGGGAUGCAAGCGCGAAAAGAUUUGAAGGCUGCCGAGGCGAAGCUCGAAUCGACAGAAGAACUGCUUUCGCAGGGAUCUGAUGCUAUCGAUGCUGAGGCAGUCCAAGCGGAUACACAAGAUGCCGUUGAGAUGCUUCAGAAUUUGCAAGCUCAACUCGAAGACUCAAAUCUCGCGGACAUGGAGAAAGAAGCGCGCCGAAUUCUUCUUGGACUGGGUUUCAAAGAAGAUACACUGGGAAAACAGGUCUCAACUCUAUCAGGAGGAUGGCGGAUGCGAUGCAUGCUUGCUGCUGUUCUAGUCCAAAAACCCGACAUCAUGAUUCUUGAUGAACCGACCAAUUUCCUCGAUUUACUGGGAGUAGUCUGGCUAGAGAACUACCUCCAGCAAUUACGUGAUACUUCCCCCACCACAAUUCUUCUCGUCUCGCACGAUCGGGAUUUCGUCAACGCCGCCUGUGAGGAGAUCGUGAUUCUAAAAGACCAAAAAUUCAACUACUUCCGUGGGAAUCUGGCGGCAUACGAGCAGGAUUUCGAGGAACAGAAAUUGUAUCUGGGUCGCAUGAAGGAGGCACAGGAGCGACAGAUCGCCCAUAUGGAAGCGAGUAUUCGUGAGAACAUGAAGAUAGGGAAGAAGACCAACGAUGACAACAAACUUCGACAGGCAAAGUCACGGCAAAAGAAAGUUGAUGAUAGGAUGGGACUGCAGGUUAGUGCGAAUGGGGGUCGAUUCAAACUCAACAGAGAUCUUGUGGGUUAUCAUCUGUCCAGUCGGGCUGAGAUCGAGGUACCGACCGACGGAAAAGGCGCGACUAUGACUUUGCCUGAUGCUACUGAGCUGCGAUUCCCAGGGCCAUUGGUCUCACUAGAAGGCAUUUCAUUCCGGUAUAAGAAGAGUGAUCAAGUCAUCCUCGAGGAUAUCAAUUUGGUUGUUCACAUGGGUGAUCGAGUUGGUAUUAUGGGUCUUAACGGGUCUGGAAAGACUACCCUCAUUCGCAUUCUGACAGGCCAACUUGUGCCAUCCAGAGGAAAAGUGACAACCCAUUCCCGGUUGAAAUUGGGUUACUAUGGCCAACACUCCGUGGAAGAACUACAAGAACGUGGUCGAGGGGAACCCGGUCUCACCGCACUUGGUCUGUUAAUGACCGAAGCAGGUGACUCGCUUAAUCAAGGGGAAGUCCGAGGGCUUCUAUCAUCAAUGGGUCUACAAGGCCGUAUCGCAUCUGAUGUCCCAGUGGGUAAAUUAUCCGGCGGGCAGCUUGUUCGUCUUGCUCUAGCCAGAAUUGUCUGGAGUGCGCCUCAGCUUCUUAUUCUGGAUGAGAUCACCACCCACUUGGACUUCCACACGGUCACAGCGCUCGCCACUGCACUCUCAUCCUUUAAUGGGGCUAUACUUCUCGUAUCACACGACCGGUUCCUGAUCCGUGCGGUGGUAGAAGGAAAACGCGACACAGAGCAUAAGCUAGAUGAUGAUUUUGAGGGGGUUGAAGAGGAAGUGGAAGAAAGUACCGUUCGACGCCGGGCCGUGUUUGUGGUCAAAGCGGGCAAAUUCAACGAGCAGCCUAACGGGGUGGAGCAAUUUGAACAGAGUCUAGUCAAGCGAGUGCACAAGAUGCUUUCUCAAUGA